AAAUUUUAAUGCAAGUUGACAAGAGGACUAUCUUUUGCUGGAUUAUUAAGUUACAGCACUUCCUACAAAGCAUACACGACUAAAAGACAAAAAGGGUUGAAUUGAAAUGGCAGACAUCAAGAUUAGUGUGAGUGUAAGCGUGAUCGUCUGCAUCAUCGUGGGAGAGUUGGUCAGCAGUUUGUGGUACCAUUACCGUGCGCCGUGGUACGGGUCAAGAUACCUCCUCACAGCGGUGAUAGCAGAUGCAGGAUUGGUAGUGAUAUUGAAGUAUAUUACACAAAAAUACUACCGAGUCACUUAUCGUACAUACGAGGCAGCGGCAUGGCUAGCUGGCGGCAUUACUCUUCUGUUCGCGUGCCUCGAAGCUCCUCAUGUCGUACACAACACUCACUCACUGUGGGACUUCACCUUCCACGCACUUCACAAGUUCCUUCUUGUCUUCAUUGUGUCGCUGGUGAUGGACUACUGCGAUAAGCACUUCUAGACCACUGUUCUUCAUUUAGGCAUUGAUAUGUCAGAA